UAUAAACCAAGUUCCAAACAAAAUUUUCAAGCAAUCAAGCACAAUCGUAUCCAAAAAGUAUCCAGUUUUCAGAACUACACUUUAUACAACAUGAAAUUCUUUUUUGCACUAGUUCUUUUCGCUUGUGUUGGACUUUCCAUCCAAGCUGCACACCCCAAGAUCAAGAACAAAGGAGGUUUGGUCUGCAAUAUAUGUGAAACUGUUGCUUCUUACGUCAAAGAAUUAGCAGAAGAAGAUAUAACUGAAGAAGACGUUACAAAACAGAUCGAAGCUCUAUGUAAUGUUUUGCCAGGAACAAUGAAGGAUUUAUGUACCGAUGAUGUUCUUCCCUACGUCGAAGACAUAUACGAUGCUAUUGAAUCACAAACAGCAGAAGAAAUAUGUGAAUCUUUGAAUUUGUGUUGAUUUACUUAUUUUCAUAAAAGAAUAAUUUGAUAUAAUUAUGUACAAAUAAAAAUUACAUCUA